AUGAAAAUAUUUUUUACCUUUUUUUUUCUACUUUUAUGGGUAAUACAACUUAAAGCACAAAAUUAUCAAAUAGGUGACAAUAAUACUAUAAGUGAUUGUAUGUCAAAUUGUUCAGUUGAUUCUAAUGGAAGAACAUGUUUAAAUAAAUUAUUAAGUUUUGUUGAAAAUGACAUUGUAUCACAAAUUAGACGUUAUGUUGCAGUACAAAUUAAUAUUGAUCAAUUUCAUAGAAGACAUAAAAAGAAUUAUAAAAGUGAUUGGGAUAAUGUAAAAAAAAAUUCAACAUUAAUAAUGAAAGAAAAUUUACUAAAAAAUGAUAUUAUUUCAAAUAAUACAAUUUCAAAAAUUAUCUCCAUACUAAUUGAUGCUGUUAGUGGUGAAUCAAAUAAAAUUAUAAUUUGGACAGCACAUUAUAGUUGUCCAAUAGAAUGUAACCAAUAUAAUUUAUCAUGGAGAAAUGUAUUUAUAUCUUCAAUAAUAUUGAACGGAGGAUUGAUUAUUGGAGUGUUCCCUUUAUUUUUAACUAUUUUAAAAAGAAUAUUAAAUAAAAAUAAACAUUUAAAAUAA